AAAAAAGAGGUUAAAAAUACAAUAAACGAGUAUAUUGAUUUAAUAACGUCAGGGAGCAAGGUUAACUUGGAACCGCUUUUACAUCUAUUCCGCUCCUUCCUCUCGUUGCAAAGUGCAAAAUCAAUGGAACGCCUGGAAAGCCUGGAAAAGUUGAGGAAGGAAUUGGCGCGGUGGGGCGAUGAACCGUUCUUUUUUCAGAAGGACAACUAUAUUAAGGUCUCCUAUCGCCUUUUUCGGGGUUAUGGAGAUUCGUUUAUGGUGAUUUGCGAGAAAAUACAGGAGCGGAUGCAGAGUUCUCUUUGGAGAAUGACUCUACCACCCUUGGGUGGUGCGAAACCAUACAGAUUUGACGAUUUGAAAGAUAUGAUUGAAAACUUUGACUGGGAUAUUCUAAAGACUACGUACGGGAGAUUUUACGAAGGUGUCAUUCGCGAUGACAAAGGCGUAAAAGUGCAAGAAGUUACUAUCAAGACAUGGGAUUUCUUUUGUCCAAGACAGAAGUACUAUGCUGACCAUCCAUACACAUUUUGUAAUGAGCUUGAAAUACUGACGGGUGAAGACCUGCAUCCCAAUUUGAUAAGAUAAAGGGGUUCUGCUUCCAGGAAGCACUUGCUGUUGUGUAUGAUGAAAAACCAACUAUGUUUUUGUCGGUGUUGCUUCAUUUUGGUAUUAGAGCUACUCAAGAAAGCUAUAGUUUGUUACUAAAUAAAUUUACUACUUCUGUAUGCUCUUGAUGGGUCAUUUGUACCUUUGGCAGGCACUGAGUUUCGGUUGCGUGGUAGAAUAAAAGUGGCUACUCAACUUGCGUUAGUUUUGUUGGCGCUAUCUUCUAGUGUGUAAGUGGGCCUAAUAUAUGUGUAAACCUUUUGUAGUAGCUGAGAAUUUCAUUGUGGCGCUAUUUUCCUUUCUCUCA